AUGAAAAAACAAAUGAACAACACUUUAAAAUAUUUUGCAUACAUUUCAUUACUUAUUCAUUUUUCAAUAAUAUCAUAUGAAAUACUAAGACUGUUCUUUAUAAAUAUUCCAAAAUAUUUAUCAAUGUACGAUCUUUCUUCAAAUAGAACUGGUUAUUUAGUAUUUUUAAUUAAAUGUCUAGUUAAAAUAGCCAUUCAUAUUUGUAUAGUAAAAGUUGUAGAUAUUAAAUACAAAGAAGAAGAAGUUAAAUUAGAGCAAGUGUUUAAUAAUGAAUUACAAGAAAAAGAAGAAAUUAUUAAAACAGAAUUAUAUGAAUUUAAUAAACAGGUAGACUCAUCUGCCACUACAAGAUGGAAUUACAUUAGAAAGGUUUUGUAUCCUUAUAAAGCACACAUUACAGUGUAUUUGUACAUUAUAGCCAAUAAUCUUUCUCAUCCUAAUUUAGUGCUAUUUAUAUUAGCACCAUACAUCAUGUAUAAGGUAUUAUAUAGACUAUAUUCUAAACAUAAAUAUUAUAAAAUAUUUAUAUGGCCUCUAUUCGCAGGACUAGCUUCUGUACUGUACAGUUUUCUACAAUUAAAAAAGAGUAAUAUAAAAGUUAUAGAUUACAAUAAUAUACCUUUAGAUAUUUUAGAAUAUUUUAUUAAAAGAAAUUACGAAGUAGUAAUUUGUAAAGUUGAAGCCGACUUUUACAAUGUGGGUGUAAUAGGCUUUAUGAACUCUGUGGCUAUAUUUAUAUUUGGUGAUAUUUGGAAAUUACUUUCUAAAAAUGAAUUUAGAAGUGUAUUGUACCAUGAAAUAGGGCAUAUAGUAAAUAAAAGUAUCUUAUAUAGAGUAAUUAUCUCUAAAGCAAUCAGUAUAUCAAUGUACGUGAUAGAGUUUAUUAUGAUUGCAUGUAGUAAAAAGCUAAUAAAACCAUUACAAAAUAAUGAGGAUGUAGAGAGAAGUAAUCGUGAUUAUGUAAAUAACCUUAUAAUGCUAUUUAUACUUAUAAGUGUAACAAUUAUUCCAUAUUUAGAGAUGAUAAAUAACAUUUAUUCAAAUAUAGACGAGACAGAAGCUGAUAGAUAUAGUGUCUCUAAGCACGAUAGAAAACAUUUAAUUAAUGCAUUAAUAAAACUUACUGUAGAAAAUAAUGCAUAUAUAGACUCAUCACAGCUAUUUAAUUACAUGUACUUUGAUCAUCCAUCACUGAAAAGACGGAUAGAAAUAAUUAAUGAUAUGUAA